CAGGCACCCCGAAGCAGCCGCGCUCUGUGCACCGUCCCUGGGUCUCCUCUCCGCAGCCCCGGCAGAGCGUGCUCCUGACCAGCCCAGUGACCUUUGCCUGUCUGAGCCCUGGUUAAUUUUUGCCCAGUCUGCUGGCACCGAGGCUCCUCCCCCUCGGGGAUAUAAGCCUGGUCCGAGGCUGCCCCGUUCCCUGCCUCUCCUGAGCCAACCCACGCUCCCUGCCCACCUUCACCAUGGCCAAGGGCUUCUACAUUUCCAAGUCCCUGGGCAUCCUGGGCAUCUUGCUGGGUGUAGCAGCUCUGUGCACCAUCAUCGCCCUGUCCGUGGUGUACUCCCAGGAGAAGAACAAGAACGCUCAGAGCAACACAGUGGUCCCCACGACACCGCCCUCGACCACCGCGGCCACCACCUUGGAUCAAAGCAAACCGUGGAACCGAUACCGCCUACCCAAGACUCUGAUCCCCGAAUCCUACAGAGUGAGGCUGAGGCCCUACCUCACCCCCAACAGUGCAGGCCUCUAUGUCUUCGAGGGCUCAAGCACUGUUCGCUUUAACUGCACAGAGGCCACCGAUGUUAUCAUCAUCCAUAGCAAAAAGCUCAACUACACCAUCACCGGAGGGCACAGAGUGGUCCUACGGGGCGUGGGGGGCUCCCAGCCCCCUGCCAUCGACAGGACUGAGCUGAUAGAGCCCACCGAGUACCUGGUGGUGCACCUCAAGGGCUCCCUGGUGAAAGGCAGCCAGUACGAGAUGGACAGCCAGUUCGUGGGGGAGCUGGCUGACGACCUGGCAGGCUUCUACCGCAGCGAGUACAUGGAUGGGGACGUCAAAAAGGUGGUGGCCACGACACAAAUGCAGGCUGCAGAUGCCCGGAAAUCCUUCCCGUGCUUUGACGAGCCAGCCAUGAAGGCCACCUUUGACAUCACACUCAUCCACCCCAAAGAGCUCAAGGCCCUGUCCAACAUGCUUCCCAAAGAUCCCACCGGCAUUCCAUUACCGGAUGACCCCAACUGGGUUGUCACCGAGUUCCAAACCACGCCAAAGAUGUCCACCUACCUGCUGGCCUACAUUGUCAGCGAGUUCGAGAACGUGUCGAUGGAGUCUGAUAACAAUGUCUUGAUCCGGAUCUGGGCCCGGCCCAGUGCCAUCCAGGAGGGCCACGGUGCCUAUGCCCUGAAUGUGACAGGCCCCAUCCUAGACUUCUUUGCCAGACACUAUGACACGCCCUACCCACUACAAAAAUCUGACCAGAUCGGCCUGCCCGACUUCAAUGCCGGAGCCAUGGAGAAUUGGGGGCUGGUGACCUACCGGGAGAACUCUCUGCUGUUCGACCCACUGUCCUCCUCCAGUAGCAACAAGGAGCGGGUGGUCACCGUGAUAGCUCACGAGCUGGCCCACCAGUGGUUCGGGAACCUGGUGACUGUGGAGUGGUGGAACGACCUCUGGCUGAAUGAGGGUUUUGCCUCCUACGUGGAGUACCUGGGCGCCGACUACGCAGAGCCCACCUGGAACCUGAAAGACCUCAUGGUGCUGAAUGACGUGUACCGAGUGAUGGCUGUGGAUGCACUGGCCUCCUCUCACCCGCUGUCCACCCCCGCCGAGGAGAUCAACACGCCGGCCCAGAUCAGCGAGCUGUUCGACUCCAUCUCCUACAGCAAGGGCGCCUCCGUCCUCAGGAUGCUCUCCAGCUUCCUGACUGAGGACCUGUUCAAGCAGGGCCUGGCAUCCUACCUCCACACCUUUGCCUACAAGAACACCAUAUACCUGGACCUGUGGGAGCACCUGCAGAAGGCUGUGGACAAUCAGACGGCCAUCAAGCUGCCCACCACUGUGCGCAACAUCAUGGACCGCUGGAUCCUGCAGAUGGGCUUCCCAGUUAUCACCGUGGACACCAGCACAGGGAUCAUCUCCCAGGAGCACUUCCUCCUUGACCCAGAGUCCAAUGUCACCCGCCCCUCAGAGUUCAACUACCUGUGGAUUGUACCCAUCUCCUCCAUCAGAAACGGCAGAGAUCAGGACAACUACUGGCUGGAGGGUGUCAAAAACGCCCAGAGCCAGCUGUUCCAAACAACGUCCAAUGAGUGGGUGCUGCCGAACCUCAACGUGACAGGGUAUUACCAGGUGAACUAUGAUGAAGACAACUGGAGGAAGAUUCAGACUCAGCUGCAGACAGACCCAUUGGUCAUCCCAGUCAUCAAUCGGGCACAGGUUAUCAACGACGCCUUCAACCUGGCUAGUGCCCAAAAGGUCCCUGUCACUCUGGCGCUGGACAACACCCUCUUCCUGAACCAGGAGACAGAGUACAUGCCCUGGCAGGCCGCCCUGAGCAGCCUGAGCUACUUCAAGCUCAUGUUUGACCGCUCCGAGGUCUAUGGCCCCAUGAAGAACUACCUGAAGAAGCAGGUCACGCCCCUCUACUUACACUUCAAAAAUAUCACGAAUGAUUGGCAAAAUCAGCCUGAAAACCUGAUGGACCAGUACAGCGAGAUUAACGCCAUCAGCACUGCCUGCUCCAACGGGCUGAAUGAGUGUCGGGAGAUGGUGGCUGCUCUCUUCAAGCAGUGGAUGGACAACCCCAGCCACAACCCGAUCCCCCCGAACCUGCGGUCCACUGUCUACUGCAAUGCCAUUGCCCAGGGCGGGGAAGACGAGUGGGACUUCGCCUUCCAACAGUUCCGGAAUGCCACUCUGGUAAAUGAGGCUGAUAAACUCCGAGCAGCCCUGGCCUGCAGCAACGAGGUGUGGAUCCUGAACAGGUACCUGACUUACACUCUGAACCCCAACUACAUCCGGAAGCAGGAUGCCACUUCCACCAUCAGCAGCAUUGCCAGCAACGUCAUUGGGCAAACUCUGGUCUGGGACUUUGUCCGGAGCAACUGGAAGAAGCUCUUUGAGGAUUACGGUGGUGGCUCCUUCUCCUUCUCCAACCUCAUCCAGGCAGUGACCCGACGAUUUGCUAGCGAGUAUGAGCUGCAGCAGCUGGAGCAGUUCAAGAAGGACAACAUGGAAACAGGCUUCGGCUCAGGCACUCGGGCCCUGGAGCAGGCCCUGGAGAAGACGAAAGCCAACAUCAAGUGGGUGAAAGAAAACAAGGAGGCGGUGCUCAAUUGGUUCACAGAAAACAGCAAAUAGUCCCUGGUCCUCAAAGUCACUGGUCCCCAUGGGAGAUAGAUGUUCACACGUCUGUCCCAGCAGCCACAGAAGGGCCCGUUCCUGGAGCUGUGUCAGUCAAGGACAAAGGCUCCAGCCUGUGGGACCUGUCUAGCUCCUGAUGACCAGGCUGUGCAGACACCUCCCAAACCCCCUCCUUGUGACACCUCCCAAACCCCCUCCUUGUGCUGACCCUGCCCCAGGCCUGGUAUGUUCCUUUUGCCCAGGCCCUAGGGCUGAUCUCAGGGAAGCCCAACUCCAGAGCCAGGUGACCAGACCCCUCGAUGGACAAUGGGCAGCUUUGAAAGGCCGCCCCUCACCCUCUCGCCUUCCCACAAAGACCUCAAAUCUGAGGAAUCAACAGGCCACCAGAUCUGUAUAUUUUUUCUAAGAGAAAAUGUAAAUAAAGAAUUUCUAGAUGAG